GCCCAGUCACGUAGUGGAGGAGCACGGCUGACAGACGAGGGUGUGCGUGUCGACGUUUCACGGUGAGAGGAGUACAGGCGGACGUACUGACUGACGGACUGGGCCGGUGAGGAGAGGAGCGGGAGGGAGAGAGAGAGGGAGGGAGAGCGGAGAGGGACUGACGGACGGCAGCUGUUCCGCUGAUGUAAUGUUGCCCGUUUGGUGACUACGGAUGGCGGUGUGUGCCAGACUCUGCGGAGUGGGUCAGUCGCGGCGGUGCAGGCGGCGACAGAGGCACGGCCAGCACGACCAGCACGGCAGCGACUCCGAAAUGGACAUGGACGAAGAAGAGGGGGAGAAGAUCGUGGGCGAAACCAGGGGCAGCGGCGGCGGCUGGCCUCAGAGCCGCGCGCCGGGGCCUAGCGAGGCCGCUGCCGUCAGCGCAGGAGCGCAGAGCCCGCAGUCUCUGCUGGAUCUUCCCCCAGAGCUUCUAGUGGAGAUUUUCUCCACGUUGCCCGGCACAGCGUUGCCCAACCUGGCCUUGGUGUGCAAGAAAUUCAGGCAGAUCCUCAGCACGGAAACCAUCUGGAGGAGACGAUGCAUAGAGGAGUUUGGCAUGAAGGAUGACCUGCGGAAGAUGGAGGUCGUGGGUGUGUCCAGCAGGGAGCUUUAUGUCAAACUGUCCAGCUCACAUGACUGGUCCUCUUUUGCCUAUCCUCUCCUCCUGUGGUGCCUCCACCUGUGUACCUGUCCAGGUGUGAACCCUCGGGUGAAGUCAGGACGCUUUAUGAAGCUCCUUCCCGAUUACGAGCACAUGGACUAUCGGGACGUGUACACACACUUGCUCCAUCCUUACAGACACAUUUUGGGUCUCUGGCAGCCAGACAUAGGCCCCUAUGGAGGUCUGCUCAACGUAGUGGUGGAUGGGUUGUUCAUCAUUGGCUGGAUGUAUCUGCCACCACAUGAUCCCCGAGUGGAGGACCCAAUGCGCCGCCGUCCUCUCUUCCGCAUCCACAUGUGGGAGAGUAACAAAGCCACUGUGGAGUGCAUGUAUGGUCAUAAGGGCCCUCACAAAGGAGAUAUUCAGACUGUAAAAAAAGAUGAGUUCUCAACCAAAUGCAACCAAACAGAUCACCAUCGAAUGCCAGGGGGCAGACAAGAGGAGUUCCGUACUUGGCUGGAGGAGGAAUGGGGACGGACACUGGAGGACAUUUUUCAUGAACACAUGCAGGAGCUGAUUCUCAUGAAGUUCAUCUACACCAGCCAAUAUGAUAAUUGCCUGACGUACCGACGUAUAUACCUGCCCCCGUGCCUACCUUCAGACCUGCUGCAGCCGGGCCUCUUCAAAGGCACAUACGGCAGUCAUGGCCUGGAGAUCAUCAUGCUGAGCUUCCAUGGCUCUCGGGCCAAAGCCACCAAACUUACAGGUGACCCUAACGUACCAGCGGGUCAGUUGACCUUAGACAUAGACCUGAGUCAACCAGUGCAGCUGCCUGACUUGGAGCACCAGCGGAGUAUCGAGGAGCUCUCUCGCCUGGUGAUGGGGGUGCAUGAAGAGGUCCAGAGGGGCUCCCAAGGUCCUGCUGCUGCUGCAUCAGCAAAUGCAGAAGAGGGCUCCUCUGGGGCAGAGGGCUCUGAUGCUACCCCUGCCAGUGGCGCUGAAGCAGAGGAGGCUGGUGCCAGAGCAGCUAGUUCUAGCCCUGAAUCCCAGCCCUUCGUCCUGCCUUUAGGAGUCAUGGCCCGCAAUGAGGUUUACCCACGCACAUGCAAAAUGUGUUUCUAUGGAACAGGCCUCAUAGCUGGUCAUGGCUUCACAAGCCCAGAGCGCACGCCAGGCCUCUUUGUCCUGUUUGAUGAUGACCGCUUUGGUUUCAUCUGGCUGGAGCUGAAGUCCUUCAGCCUGUACAGCCGGCUGACAGACCAACUGGAGCACGCUCAGGCUCCCAGCAUGGAGCGCUUUGAGGCCAUGCUCCGCAACAUGCAAUCAUGGACAUCCUGAUAGCCAAGCACCUCUUCCUCAGCUAUGCUCCCUACCAUAUGCAUCCCACCCACCCCUGCAGGGCCACACCUCCAACUCGCCUGAUUCAACUCUUAAGAUGAUUACCAAUCCACUGAUGAGUUGAGCCAGAUGUGUUAGAGCAGGGACAGAAAGUGUUUAUUGUUGUGGUCUCCCAGAAUGGGAAGUGCCCAUUACUGCUCUACAUGCUCUGCAACCCGGUUUACGCUCUCUGCCACUCCACACUCCCACACAACCUGAAGAAACCUCCCGAUAAUCUCACAUAUACACAAAGGAAAAUCCUGCCACACAGGUAUGUUUGCAGCGGCAAGUACAUAAAAGUUGUAUUAUACCGAGGCUUUCUUAUCAGCUUUUUAAUUAAUUUAUUUUUGUAACCUGGAGAUGAUGAAUAUGAGGAUGAUGUGACAAUUCACCCACAUACUCUGGAACAAGCUAUGUGUGCCUCUGUAUUAUUACCAUGGUAUUUAACCCAAGACUACUCUUAGAAACGUGUAGCUGCCUGUACUCUUGAAAUGAUUUUAAGUUAUAAAUGUCUGUCUUCAACAAGCGUGGGAUCUUUCAGCUGUUUAGUUGAUGGUAGCUUUUAAUUGAUGCAGUGUCCUUUGUCUGAUUUCAUUCUUUUUGACUAUGAAAUUUUUAAAUCUGUACUGCUGUUGCAUUGCUUUUAUUUCUCUUGGUUAUCGGUGCCCAUGAGGACAAUAGUUUGCCUUUCUUGUGUUUUGAUUUGAAUGUUUUUAAGAAAUGACUGACAUAGCCUGUGGUACACAGUGAAAUGGUUAGUAUGUGAACCUUGAUUGACCCAUGAUAAAUACCUUGAUCAGUCACUGGCUCUGAGUGCUAGUUUUCUUACAAACAAUGGCAUUAGUAAAGCAGACCCCUAAAGACUAAACUAAAGCUUUUAUGAUGGUCCAAACUUUACACACUGGGGGUUUGUCUUGUCUAAAACCAGCCAUUGCUUUAUUACAAGAACAGACAGGAAUUUAGCUUGAUAGCAUCUCUUGGAGCUAAAUCUUCAUAUUCGGUAACAACACAGUUGUAACAUUUGCCCACUUUCAAUUUGUUAGCCCUUGAAUAAUGCACUUAACCUGAGUUGCACCAUCUAAAUCUGCAUUAUAUGAACAUGUAUUGCGAUGAAUAUGCAUGCUGUACUAAUACAUGUAGGCUGGUCAAUUCACUUAAUUAGAAAAUUGAGCAUAUUUCAUUCACAUACAUUUAUGGACUGCUUUAUAUCUCAGGUGCCAUACCUAUAUAUGUAUUCUCUUAAAUUAAUAAUAUUGUUAAAAUUCAUGAUACCUGUUCUGAACUAUCAGCAAAAACAUUUCAGAAUGUUUAUAAAAUUACGUGGAUUUGCAAUUGGUAAAUAUGUUAGUUGUACGCGUCCCAGCUAAGCUUUUGUCCAUCAUGAUGAAGAAAUGGCGCUACUAAGCAAAGAAGGUAUCUCUGAAAACGGCAUACAAGUGCAGAUCAUCACCAGCGAGUACCUGCAAAAAUCACGAGCUAACAGGCAGUCUGUGCCUGCCUUAGCUUCCAUUAAUUAUAAAUGACGGGUUACUUGGUAGUUACACAUCUCUCCAUCUAGACAAAAACUUUGUUGGGCAGCUUUAAUAAUAGGAGCAGUGGCAUGCCUUCCUACCUUUUGGACUAUAUUUUGAAGCACAACAUGUUAGUUUAGUCUCUAAGACAUUUUCAGGCCAUUUUCUCCAGCAGACCACAGUUCUGACAAAUGCUUCCUUGUUCUGUGAUGAGGUUCGAUCAUAAAGCUGUGCAGUGGCUCCUCUAAAAGUGCUCUUUCCUAAGCAGCAUAAGCAUUGACCAGACUAGAUUCCUCUGUCUGUACUUUUGUAUUCAACUGCAGCUUUGCAAAAACUAACCACUACAAUAUAAAAAAAAAAGAAUAUGUAUGUGAAUUGAAUAAAAAAUAUUUAAUUAUAUAUUUCAGCCUUGUUUAGGGGUGAUUGUGCACAUAAUUGCAAUGUUCGUUUUAAGCAUACCACCUGUCUGUUGUGUGACCUCUACAGUGGGAACGAAUGUUUCAAAUGGUAUAACUAAAUCAGUUCUUAAAGAUGUUCUGAGAGGAAAGUUGUGUCUAAUGUAAACUCCAUUGCAUACAACUUCAGGGAGCUUUGAAGCAUCUAUGUUUGUCUGUUCCCAAUAAAUUAAAGUAAAAACUUU